UAACCUCUUCAGUAAGCUUUUUCGAAAACAAAUAUUCUUUUGACAAUGAAGUUUCCUAUUGGUGUUUAUUUUCUACUGAUUCCAUUUUGUUCGGGACAGUUUCCCGAAAGAAUUAGGACCAUGGGAGCUAUGGGCAAUAAGGUUGUCAGUGACGUUGUUGAUAAACUGGCUACCAAAGGAAUUUUUUCGAAUAAGCACCUCCUGCGAAAACUAGCUAUCAUUCAAAGUAAGGACGAUGUUCCAUUUAAGCCUCAUAGUGGUGGCCUAUGGCGGAUUGAUAUAGAUCAACUGUCGUCUGUAAAAACUUCCUGCCAGCAAAAUUUGCGUGACUUGUGUAAGCUGUUUGAAAAAGAAUUCAAUAUAAAUGUGCGUUCGAUUAAUUUCCCUGACCUAGACAAACCAUUGUAUUCCGGAUCGAUAAUGUCUCUUUACCUUUCAUCACUCAACGAAUCAAUUCCGGAGAAAUCGUUUCAAGACGAAGACUUCUGGCGAAAACUCAUUUCCAAAUCCGUUUUGCGAAACGACGAUGAAGAACUAACCCCGGAAGUAUUUACUAAAGACAAUCUUUUGUAUAAACAGUAUUUGAAAACUAUUUGUCGUGAAAGAACAGACGGUGUCCAUGCAAAAACCUUACCCCAUCCUGAUCCGAGGAUGUAUAUCCAAUGCUUAAAGUCAUCAGACUACUACGUCAAACGCUGUCCGCAUGGUACAUUCUGGGUGCAAAAGAAAUUGACUUGUGUUCAUCGAGAAGACGAUACAGAAACCACUCAAAAGGAUAAAAACGUGGUACCAAAGAAAACUCGCCCCGCUAUGAAAAUGCCAGCUUUAAAGUCUUUUGCUAAUCCUUGUACGAAGGAAACGUUUGAUAAUGGAAGAUUAUACUUUCCGCAUUCUGACCCUACCAAAUAUAUUCAGUGUGUAGAUAUUGGUUCAUAUAUAGUGAAAGAUUGUAUCCCAGGAAACAGUUGGCUUCAGAACGAAACGAUGUGCUUAAAUACAUCAGAGCAUUUACGUCAGAAAUAUAGAAGUUUGAUUUUCAAGACAACUUUGCACGACAACUCCGGAAAAACUACCCUAAACCCUUUGGUAAACAUAUUUAAGCAUCUUUGUACCAAAGCUGCUAUAGCAGCCAAACGUCUUUAUUAUUCUCAUCCCGACCCAAAGAAAUAUGUCAAGUGCACAGGUGUGGGUUUAUAUAUCAUUAGAAGGUGCGACUCUGGUAAAUUUUGGUCAAAGAAAGGUGAUACAUGUAUACAUAAUUAUUAUCCAUCUACUCAAUACUUGCCAACUAGAAGGCAUCUGACAAACAUCUAUGGUUCUACAAUAUAUUCAUCAAAUAAGCAGGACAAUCCGUUCAAUAGGCCAGCUACAUUACCCAUGACGACUAUGAAAGAAAAAUUGCAUCACACAGCAUCCUUGUCCGGCAGAUCAAAAAUUCCGAUGCAUUACACAACUGCAAGGUCUCUACCAAAAAAGACACAGAAAUCAAGGGACCAACCUCCUAACAAACCAAGAUAUACAACCUCAAAAAUGUCUACUGACAUUCCUAUAGCAACAGCGAAAGCAACCCCUACUUAUCACUCAAAACCCGCAAAUAAACCCAACACGAAAGCAAUGAAACACUAUACUGAGCGAAUGGUAAUGACAAGAAAAUCGAAGUUUGAUAGAUAUUUCAAUAAAUUUGACGGUAGCUUCUGUACAAAAGAAAAUAUUGCUGCUGGCUUGAAAUAUUUUGCACAUCGAUACCCAACUAUGUAUUUUGAAUGCAUAGCCCCAGGAAAGUUUGUAAGGCGAGAUUGUCCAAAAUUAUUCUUUUGGUCUCAACCUGAUAAGAAGUGCAUACCGCCAAGAAUAACGCUACCUCGAAUAAAACCGACCACUACCGCUACAACAACAUCAAUAACAACACCAGCAUUUUCAACU